UUUGUGAGUCUAUAUAUUAUUUAUAUGGGCAAAACACCUCCUCACUCCUCAGUCCUCUCACCUUCACCUCUACUGAAAGGGACAAGGACCAGAGAGAGCAUCCGAUGACAUUUGUGUAGUUGGUUUUCUUUGUAUUUCCUCUGUUCACAAGCUGGAGUGGAGAAAAGGGAAAGGGUAUCCAUUUGUUAGCAGUUUAAGAGCAAAGCUGUGGCCGGAACCGAUGCCGCCGAAUAUAGUUCAUGAUGCCAAGGGAUUGCCUCGAAUUAUAUUGACAGAGCCAACUGGGUCAUCGGCAGAGGUGCUUCUAUAUGGCGGACAGGUUGUUUCUUGGAAGAACGAACGAAGAGAAGAACUACUCUUUAUGAGCAGCAAGGCUACAUGGAAACAACCAAAAACCAUCAGAGGAGGUAUACCUGUCUGCUUUCCACAGUUAGGGAAUUUUGGUUCACUGGAGCAACAUGGGUUUGCAAGGAACAGAAUGUGGUCAUUGGAUAGCUGCCCUUCACCUUUGCCUCCAGCCAACAGUCAGUCUUCUGUGGAUCUUAUAUUAAAGCCAACAGAGGAGGAUCUAAAAAUCUGGCCACAUAGCUUUGAGUUGCGGCUUCGUGUCUCCCUAGGUGCUGGCAAGCUCACUUUGAUCCCUCGUGUGAGAAACACGGAUAAAAAGACCUUCUCUUUUAUGUUCUCCUUGCACAAUCACUUCUCUCUGUCAGAUGUCAGUGAAGUGCGUGUUGAGGGCUUGGAGACGCUUGACUACCUUGAUAAUCUGAUGCAGAGAGAGAGGUACACAGAGCAGGCAGAUGCAAUUACCCUUGAUGGCGAGAUUGACAGAUUAUAUUUGAGCACACCAUCAAAGAUUGCUAUUAUAGACCAUGAGAAGAAGAGAACUUUUGUAUUACGUAAAGAAGGCAUGCCAGAUGCAGUUGUUUGGAAUCCUUGGGACAAAAAAGCAAAGGCUCUCCCAGAUUUGGGGGACGAGGAUUACAAAACCAUGUUGUGUGUGGAUUCAGCUGCUCUUGAGACCCCAAUCGUCUUGAAACCUUUCGAAGAGUGGAAGGGUCGCCAAGAGCUCUCCACUGUGUCGUCGAGCUACUGUAGUGGGCAGCUGGAUCCUCGGAAGGUUCUCUAUGGCUUCAGCUGAACCCACAUAUGGAGUAAAGACCGCUUCCCUGUAACUUAGACUAGUUUUCUCUUAGUUAAUGUACAAUAUACAUGUGCUUGCUUGUAUUAUGUUUGUUGUAGUGUGUAGGAUUCUCAAAGUGAUAUUAGUUUAUUAAACCAGCAGCAUGUAAUAGUUGACAUUGCCUUUUUGGUGGCACAAGUCAGCGACUGAGUAGCAUCAUGUUGCCUUCUGCGAUAAUGAGGAAUGCCCUUUUAAUAUGGAAAUAUUUUUAAUGAAUGAAUACUUAUGAAGAGAUGACCAUUUAUACA